GCAGGGCGGGGCCCAGCUGGGGCGAGCGAGGCCCUCCCCUCAGGCACAAAAUUGAAGGGGAAGCCCAGAACUCAGUCAUCAAAAUCAACAUCCCACAAACAAAAUGAAUUCAUGUCCCAGAUCCACAAUGAACAAUAAUCCAUCUCUUACAUAAAAAUAGGAUCUGCCCCGGCAAGACCCUGCCUGGCCCUGUUUCUAAUAAAACACCAUUUGCUGAAACAGCUGGGUGGCCCACCGCCCUGGGAAGCCAACUAGGUUUCUUAAGUCUCACAUGGAAAUGUUCUUUAUCUCGAUCACAGAGUGGGGUUUUUUUGGCCGCAUCUUACAUUCUGUGCCCGAGGUGGGUGCCUGGCAAGCUGUCCCCCCAAUCGCGGGUCGGAGCCAGGAGCUCGAUGGGGGGUCCCACGGGUCUCAUGACGGGCAGAGCAAGGCUGGUGCUCAGAAAGGUAUGGGCAGCGAGGAGGCAUGUCUGGUCCCACCAGGGACGGCCCCGGAUUUGUGGAAUCCGUCCCUCGGGCUCGUCUCGGAGCCCACAGCCUCCCCCCACCCUCCCUUCCAUCGUGAGGUUCACAGGGCGCCCCACUGACGACAGACGGAGCGUCAAUUCUAUCGCUCUCCGUCUGAGUGUGGGGAAAAGGGAAAAUAUAGGGUCAAGUUACAGAACCUCACGCUGGAAAUGCCUCGAGCUCAGCCGGUCAAUUUUUCCCCAAAUGUGGCAGGGGACCCGUGUGGAAGAUGUUCACCAAGUGGCUUAACCGCUUCCCCACACCCAGGGCCUUGGGUAGGAUGGGACACCCAGCAACGACCCCGGGGACCUAUCACUGUGCCCCGACCGGCCGUAUGACCCCACAACGAUUCCCUACCCUCUCUGGGCUCACUGUCCCGGAGGGAAACGGCAGGGGGCAGGGAGAGAAAUCCAGCCCCAAAUACGCUCCAGCCACAAUGCGAAAAGGCCGUUGCAACCUUCACGUGGGGGAGAAGCUGCACUCCGAGCUGGGGCGCCUUCACGCCCACGGCCCGGCCGGGCAAGUCUCCAGCCCAAGGACACUACAGUUUCAGCAUCUGGUCCCCUGGAUUUUCACCUCUCUUGCUUUUCCACGUGUGGCAAUCAUAGACCAACCGUCCCAGAGCUCAGGCAGGCGCUUGCUCCUGAGGCCCCACCCAGGGUCCCCGGUGGGCGGGCAGCGGGCAGGGGGCGCCGGGGGCUUCUCAGCGCGAAAGCCACAGAGGAAAGAGCCGCCCUGGGGCCAUUUCUCUGCCCAGUGGCUGGGGCCCCCUGCCCUCGCCGCCCCCUCGUGCGAGCUCUGGGACCAUCACCCCUGUCCCCCUCUUGGCCCAGGCCCCUCCCUCUGCCUGGAAUGCCCUUCCCAUCUCUGCGGGCAGGCGGGGAGCGCGGCCUGGGGAAGUGAUGCACAGAGCACCCCCUCCCUGCGGUCUGACAGUUGCACAGAGCUUCCGGGUGGCCACAGGCCACAGGUCAGCCUGGCGGGCCAGGGGCAGCAGCGCCCCGGAGCUUCACCCACGGCCGCCCCGCCCCUGCCGCCGGUCACUCCAGUCCUGCAGGUAGGGGCUGCCAGAGGGGUGUGGGGGGGCGGGGGGCGGGCAGAAGCAGCACCUCGCGGAGGUCGGAGUGAAGGGGGGUCUGGGUGGGGCCGGGGCCCAGGCUGCCGAGCUCUGGGAAGGAGGACCCCCACCCUGCGCGGGUCCCGGGUGCUAUCGUCGGCCCCCAGCUGACCCCCCACCCCGGCCCACCCUCACAGCUGAACGUCCUAUUCAGUCCUUGUCACAAAAGCACAGUGUCCUUCCCACUGUCCUGGAAAGUUGAGGAGUGAUGUUCCUGCCUCACCCACGAGGAGAGGAGCCCAGAGAGGGCGACACACCGUCCCAGGGCCACCAGCAGGUCAAGCCGGGCAAGAAGACCGGGACUGCCCCACUCUUGCCUAGCUCCCCGCACCCCCACGCACACCAUCGGAGCCCCCCGCGUGCCCACCCCCGCGUGCCCCCAACUCUGACCUCCCCCCUGCAGCAUGAGCGGCCCUGAACCACCCAGUGAGACCUCUGGGCCUGACGCCCCCACCUGGCCGACUCAGCCCACCUACAGCAACCUCGGUGAGGUCCGCGGCCAACUGCUGCCCUCCAAGGCCUGCUGCCCCCGGACAUCCGGGCGCCCCCCGACUGACUCACGGCCCCUGCCCCCACCCCUGCCCAAGAAGACCCUGACCAGGACCCAGUCCCUGCCCACCCACAGGGCCCGCAGCUCCAGCCCCGCUCCCGCGGGGCAGCCUCGGAGGCCCUUUCUGGGGUCCCACAGUGUGGACGAGAGCCAGGCAGGCAACGACCGGCCUUGGGCCUCCUGUCCCCCGGCGGAGCCGCACUUCCACUCGCUCAACAGCCCGCUGGGCCUCGCCUGGCCCGUCCUGCACUGCCCCGAGGCCAUGCGCACCAUGCUGGAGGCCCGGCAGCUGGAGGGGCUCCGUACCGUGCAUGCCCGGCUCCAGGCCCGGCUGCUGGGGGGCCGCCCGGGCCCCUGCCAGCCCGGCCACGACUUCCGCCUCCUGGACAGCUCGCCGUGCGUGGAGAGCGGAGACGCCCUCUACUACCGCCUGGUGCGGGUGGUUGGCGAGGCAUGGCACAUGCUUGCUGCCAAGGUGCCCAAGCCGGGAGCUGAGGAGCCCCAUCCGUGGGGCCUGGAGCUGCAGGCCUCGCUGGCCCCGCACUUCAACCUGCAGGGGCUGUGCGGCCUGGUGCCCGAGGGCGCGCUGCCCGGUGUGCCCUGGAGAGGCCCCGUGGUGCUGACGGCCGAGGUGCCCGAGUGCACGGUGACCCAGUGGCUGUCAGAGGUGGGCAGGCGGCCGCGGCCCGCGGAGUUCCCCUGGGUCGUGGCCCUGCUGCUGCUGCAGCUGAGUUCAGCCCUGGAGCACCUGGAGGCGCGGGGCGCGGCCCUGGCGGAGCUCCGGCCCGAGAACCUGCUGCUGACGGCGCCUCGGGGCUGUGCAGCGGCCGGGCCCCCACGCCUGCUGCUGGCCGACUUUGGCCGCGUCCACCCACGGCCCCCGGGACCCCCCGGCGCCCACGCGCAGCAGCUGAGCCGCCUGCUCCGCGCCCUACUCGGCCCUGCUGCGCCCUUGGCCACGCCCCUGGCCGCAGGCCUGGAAACCCUGGCGCGGCAGCUGCCCCGCUCGCGGCCCUCGGCGGCCCAGACGCGGGCUGCGCUGCAGACGCUGCUCUGGGGGCCUGGGCCUGAGCUGCACCGCCAAGGAGCCCCGCUGGGGCCCUGGCUGCAGGUGGGCCGCGCGCUGCUCGUCCUGCACCUGGCCGAGCGGGCCGCGGCUGGGGAGGUGCCGGGCCUGGAGGACUGGCUGUGCUGUGAAUACCUGGCUGAGGCCACGGAGGCCUCCCUGGGCCACGCCCUGGCACUGCUGUGGGACUGACGCCUCCCAAGGGCCUCGCCGAGAGGUCGGCACCCUCCCCAGACCUGGGGCCAGAAGGCCCGCGGAGGUUGCCUCCAUGAUGGAGGGGACACCCUCUUCCAGAAAGGGCAGGAGGCCAGGGGAGAGUGCGGGACUGUGGACACCUCCUCUCCAAUGCACCCCCCUUCUACUCCGGGGACUUAGGCCCAAGUCCUUCCCAGGAAGGCCGGGGGCUGGGGGCUAGUGGCCAGUGCCUCCUGAGGCUUUCUGAGGCCAGGACGGCCCAGCCCUCUUCCAGGUGUGGGCACUCCCUGUCAGCCAAGGUCUGUGUGAGUGUGGGACCCCUCCCCCCACCUCCCAGAAGAGAGGCUCUGCCCUUCUAGUGCUGGAGUGUGAGGGUCACGGUCUCGCUGAGAAGGGGACACUGUCCUCCAUCUCUGGCCCUGGAGCACCCCCUUGUGCUGAGGAUGGCCAGCGAUUGUGUGAAUGUCCUCGUCUAGACCUGCUUGGGGUCUCCAGGGGGAGGGGAAGCUCCUAGAACCUGAGACACCCAGCCCACCCAGCACAGCCCGCCCCAGAGUCCGAGCUCACCUGCCCUGGCGUCCCCAUGGUGUCGCCGUGCCCUCCACCUCCCCCACUCUCUCCACCCAGCAUGGUCUCCGCACUCUUCCUCUGUGAAAUUCAAUUCUGUGCAGCCGCCACGCUUCUGCAUGGGCUGUUCCCUCGCCGGACUGUCCGAAUCUCACCUCCACUAAGCAAAUAAAGUUGCCCCUCCUGGGCCCACUGUUGCUCCUCCCCGUGCCUCCCCCCGGAGCACUGAUCACCACCU